AUGGAAACAGAAGAGACUGAAGACCAGAUUGGAGAUUCUUCUGAACCUGAGACUGAUAACAGUGCUGAUUGGAAGGAGACCAGAGAACCUCAGUCAGAUUUAAACUCAUUGAAACGUGAUUCAAGAUGUAAGAAACCAUUCAGCUGCUCUGAGUGUGGGAGGAAAUUUGAUCGCAAGUCAAAUCUGAAGAGACACAUGAGAACUCACACAGGAAAAAAAACUUUCAGCUGUUUAGUUUGUAAGGAAACAUUUUUAAUGUCUAGAAAUUUACGGUUACACAUGAGAAUCCACACAGGAGAAAAGCCUUUCAGCUGCAGUGUUUGUAAUAAAUCUUUUACAGAAAGAGGAAGUUUACAGAAACACAUUAGAAUCCACAAUGGAGAGAAGCCUUUUAGCUGCUCUGAGUGUGGUAAAGCUUUCACUUAUAGUCAACACCUAAAGAAACACAUGAUAACUCAUACAGGAGAGAAGCCUUUUACCUGCUCAGUUUGUAAUAAAUCUUUUACACAGAGUGAAAAUUUACAGAAACACAUGAGAACCCACACAGGAGAAAAAUCUUUCAGCUGCUCAAUUUGUGAUAAAAGAUUUGGCUACAAGUCAGAUCUGAAGACACACAUGAGAACUCACACAGGAGAAAAACCUUUCAGCUGCUCAGUCUGUAAGAAAUCUUUUACACAGAGUGGAGAUUUACGGUCACACAUGAGAACUCACACAGGAGAAAAACCUUUCAGCUGCCCAGUCUGUAAGAAAUCUUUUACACAGAGUGGAAGUUUACGGCCACACAUGGCAGUCCACACAGGAGAGAAAAGAUUCAGCUGCAGUGUUUGUAACAAAAGAUUUGCCUGGCGUUCUGAUGUCAAAACACAUAAAUGUGUUGCAUUUUGA